AUGUCAUCAGAAUCAAGUUACAAUAGCAAUAUUUCUUCUUCUAGUUCUUCGAAUUCUGAUGAUCCAAAUUCUUACACACACAUUCAAAUAACUCGUAACAAUGAGUACAUGCGUCGUUCGGAAAGGCGCAGACAAACGACUCGGUUGAUGGAUCAAAUGAUGGAAAGGUUUGUGAUGGCCAAUCCAGCUGAAUUAUAUGCAAUGGUAACUCAAGUUCCAAGAGCGCCAAGAACUGUAGUGCCAAGGGAUCGUGAUGAGGGGCACCAUCGGUUAUGGAAUGACUACUUUGCCGAGAAUCCUGUUUAUCCCCCACAAAUGUUUCGGCGGAGAUUUCGCAUGCAAAAACAUGUCUUCCUCCGCAUAGAACAAGUCUUGACUUCGAAAAAUUCAUUCUUCCAACAAAGGCCAGAUGCCGCAGGUAAACUUGGUGCAUCAUCAUUAUUAAAAUGCACUGCCGCUAUGAGAUUGUUAGCGUACGGGGGAGCGGCGGAUUCUGUGGACGAUUAUCUAAAAAUUAGUGCAUCUCUUGCUAGAGAUUCACUACGACAUUUUGUAGAAGGGGUGGUCGCCCACUUCGGGGACGAUACUUAA